CUAGGGCCCAGAUGAAGAACUCUAUCAACUGUAUUCUUCUAGGAUUAGCAUCCUUUGAUCUGAUUCUGCUGUUCACUGCUAUACUUAUGUUUGGAAUUCCAGGACUCUACGCUUACAGCCUCCAGAGUUCAGAACAAAACAUAUUUCUGCACUACUUCAUGCUCCGUGUAUUCCCAUUGAUUACCCCAUAUAUAUAUCCGAUUGGUAUCGUGGCUCAGACCGGGAGUGUGUACCUGACUGUGUGUGUGUCUGUUGAGCGAUAUGUGGCUGUGUGCAGACCCUUAAAAGCCAAAUCUGUUUGUACUUACGGAAGAGCGAAAACAGCCGUUUUGUCCAUCACGUUCUUCUCUAUAGUUUACAAUCUUCCUCGGUUCAUGGAGGUCACAACUAAAAAGGUAUACACUGACCUAAACUCCUCUCUACCUGUGUCCGAAGAAGCAAACUUUACAACCGAAGUUCUCCCAACUACACUCAGACAAAACAAAUAUUAUAUUCAGAUCUAUAUUCACUGGAUGUACAUGAUAUUCCUGUACUUGAUCCCCUUCACCCUCCUCGCUGUGUACAACUGCCUCAUCUACUGUGAAAUCAGAACCCAGAAGCGUGAGCUUGGACUUGCGAUGAUACUUGCGAUGAUGUUAGUGUGUGUAGUUAUCGUCUUCUUCCUGUCUAAUAUACUGGCACUCGUGGUCAACGUUCUAGAGCAUCUUGGAACAAUGUACUUUAUACUCACUCAAACAUCAAACUUACUGGUCACUGUCAACAGCUCAGUAAACUUCAUAAUCUACUGUAUCUUUGGAGAUAAAUUUAAACGAGUUUUUCUUCAAACAUUCUGCUGUCGGGACAGAAACCAGGUGAAUCUAGAAAUAGACCGAAGAAACACUAGGCCUAGUCUACAAAUUGAAAAGACUAGCCUGAUUGGAGGAUCCAAGGACAGUCCAAGGAGAGGAAUUACCAGAAUGGCUACAAAGAGUUCCCUACUGCUGGAGAGAGGUCAAAGUGAGGAAAAAGGUGUUGGAGGAGGAGGACGAGGACGAGUAGGAGGAGGAGGAGGAGGAGGACGAGGAGGAUGGAAGGAGGGGGUAAGAGGAAGUGAAAUGAGUGGAAAAAGCAGUGUACGAGGUUCAUUUGAUAGCAGAAUAAUUUCCUUUGACGGGAAACCUAGCUCUCUAGAACCUUGCAUUGAACAGGAGAUAAUUCCUUUAAAAACCUUCUACACUAAGGUCUAG